AGCCAUUACACCUAAGAUGGAAGGAAAUAAAAUAAUCUCUAAACUUGGAUCAAAAUCACUCAGAACACCAAAGUGUGCUAGAUGUAGGAAUCAUGGCGUCGUCUCCUGCCUAAAAGGCCACAAACGAUUUUGUCGUUGGAAAGAUUGUCAAUGUCCAAAUUGUCUAUUAGUGGUUGAACGACAAAAAGUGAUGGCAGCACAAGUAGCCCUCCGAAGGCACCAGUCGACAGAGUCUCCAAAAAGAGUAACACAGAAAGUUGUGAAUGCUACACGUGUGCUUCAAGAAAGGAGGAUGAUACACAGAAGCCUACGGCAUCUGCAACAACGUGUUGUAUCACGUGACAUAAUUUCAAAUAUUAAUCCAAGAAUUUUUCAAACAAAUCCCACGAAAAACAACGACAAAAUACUACUAGAUGAACGAAUAAGAAGACGACGUUGCUUUGCUGAUAAAGAUUUGGAUUCAGCUUCGGUUGGAGUAAUAACAAAAUUCACUGAGCCAAUGGAUACAAAAAGAAAUGAUUCAAGUUUGAAUUUCAUUAAAGUAUUUCCAUCAAAGAUCAGUAUUCUUCGUCGUAUGUUUCCUUGGAGCAAUUCAAACAUUUUAGAAUUGGUAUUACAGAGUUGUCAUGGAGACUUGGAUACUGCAAUACAUCACUUACAACUUACAAAUUUAAGACAACAAGAACAUACAGACAUCCGUAGUAGUAUCAAGAAUAUCAACGCAUAUAUUUUACCUUUUGAUAACAAUCUAUUUACAGGAAAAGAUGGAGUUCCGGAACAGUCUGACGGUGCUAUUUACAGCUUAAAAUUUGGAGCUUUUACAAGAUAUGCCAACCUGUCUGUUAAAAAAGAGGAAUGUUUUGACAAUUCUAAUUUUAAUCGCAGAUUAAACUUGGAUUAUUUAAAAACUGAAAAGCUGAAAUCGAAAACUGGUGAUUUGAAAUUUUCUAUUGCUUCAAUAAUUGGCGAAAAUUAAAAACAGUUACUUAUAAAAGUGUCAAAGGGUUUUACUACGGGUUCAUAUUUGAAUAAUCGAUUAUUGACUACGUGUUCACAUUUGAAUAAUCGACUAUUGACUACGUGUUUACAUGUCAAUACUACGGAUAAUUGACAACGUGUUCACAUGUGAAUACUAAAUUAUUGACUACGUCUUAACAUUAGAAUACGAGAUU